AUGGCGGAAAACCCAACUCGUCGCCGUUCUUCCCGGCGUAUUCAAACAGCACCUAGUCAGUCUGCCCCGACCAACUCCCGUCCUGAUCCCCCCAAACGGACCCGUGGGGCUGCUGUUGUUUCCAACAACGCUGACUCCGACUCUGACUCCGACUCCAAUAGCAGUGACAACGAGCCUGACGCAAAGACAAAGAAGACUAAUGUCAACAGCACUCCGAGUUCUCAGGGACGAAACAACCUUCGUUCUCGUUUGACAGAUCCUCCUCAAACUCCCCAGCAAGCGUCGACGGGCCAAGUUCUACCCAACACUCCGGAUUCUCAGCCUAGAUACGGUCUCCGCUCUCGCCAGGGAAGUUCUACUUCAUCCAUUCAAUGGGGGUCGACAGGCCCAGCUCUGCCCAGCACUCCGGAUUCUGCGCCCAGAUAUGGUUUCCGGCCUCGCGUCGCAAGCACUCCCCUAGCCUUCCCUCAAAGGCCGGCAGGUUCAACUCGACGCCGCACACUCAAGUCUCAGAGACGCUCCAGUCUUCGAACUCGCUCAGCAACUCUGCCUCGAGCUCCCAAGCGUGGGUCAUCAGAUCCAGUCCAGCAAAGCACUGCCGGACCAUCUCGUGCUCGCAGGACUCCUGCCCGAAACCCGUCUCGAGCGACACCACAGGCACGAGCCAAAAUGGCGGCACCCCAGCCCCAAGUCGAACAACCAGCAAAGAGCCGUCAAUCCAAAUGGCCCCUCAUAGACCCGAGCACAUCCUGCCGAAUCUGUUCUGCGAAGUUCGGCGAUGCCCGUGAACUCAAGUUCUGCCGCUGGCUCGCUUGGCGGCUUUGUGUGCCCUGCUGGGAAAUUUAUGGACGCAGAUGCGUUUUUGGCCCAAAAGUAACAGGUGGACCAUUUGACGACAAGGUCAGGGCACGGGGAGAGGAGGUUAAGAUUUCUUUUGAGAAGGCUAAGAUGGAGAAAAAGGCCCAAGAGGUGAAAGAAGAAAAAGGAGAAGGAGAAGAGCAGGCCCAUGGUGUCUCCUCGGAUCCCCUUGCUUUUGAUCCAGAUUAUGCUCUUCAAGCACUACCACAAUUCCCGGAAUUCAACCCUCACGGAGUCUUCGCGCCUUCCGAGUACCCAACAUUCGCAGGAUUCCCAAGAAUUCCAGAAUACGGCCAGUAUCAAGCUGUUCAGGACCCGGAAGCUGUUCAGACGCCGGCACUUGCAGGACCUUCAGCUUACGGCUUGAACCAGGAUUCGCAGCCUCCCCAGCCUGCCCCAGCUCGGCGGGCAUCCUUUUUCGACAUGGCCCAGGUUUUUCAAAUCCCGGUUCCUCCGCUACCAACCAAUUCAUUGACAGGUCUUGCCCCUCCCCAGCCGUUCAUUAGAACCCGGACGAACGGCGAGUCCUCUCGCAGACUUGAGCAGUCCGCUGCCAACCGAGAAUUCGAUGAUGCCGAGGAGGCCCUUAAGCACCACCGUCAAAUGAUUGAUAACUUGCUUCAGGGCCCCACGAACCUGGAAAGCCUGACAAUUGGCGAGGACCAUGAUGAGCCCAUGGAGGAUCAGGAAAACACUGCUUUCGACGACCUUGAAUCGAUUUUGUACGUCCGAGACCUCGAAAGGGGAAUCUAA